CCAACUUCAUCAUCAGUCAGGAGCAUCACUGGACCCAGAGCCUACAAACAAUUAGCUGGAACAUGAAUUCUUCUACACGCUAUCUCUCACUCCUCUCGGCGCUCGUGGUGUUAGUUAAGGGGAAUCCAGUGCCCAGCGCGCUCUCUGAGCUCAUGACCUCCGGAUGGACCUCAGGAGAGGAGCUCGGGACAGACGGUGAAACGGGCGCGCCCCCGAAGUGGGAGAAAAUGAUCAAGAUGCUCGUUCACGAGGUAACCACCUUGCGGAACCAACAGUUUGUGGAGGAGUUUCAGAAGCCCGUGGAAGAGAUUUCAUCGUUCUCACAGCACCAGGUCCCAUCCACCCCCCCACACCUCUCCAAGACUCUUUGCUCCACCUCCAACAAGGAGGCAUGUCUGCAGGAGAUCAGUCGGGGUCUGCAGGUGUACCAGCUUCUUCUUCAGCACGUUAAGGCUGAAUACCCUCAAUCAACCCUACUCCCCUCUGUCACACACCAGACCACUGUCCUGAUAGGGCUGGUCAAAGACCAGAUGAAGGUUGCUGAGGUAGUAGAGGACCUGUCUGCCUUUGAGAGGAAGCGUGUUCUGGGUGAGGUGUCUACGGGGACAGAGUGGGAGAGGAAGACCAGCGUUCACGCCAUCCUUAGGGAGCUACGUAACUUCCUGGUUGACACCAAGAGAGCCCUCCGCCGCAUGGCAAAGAGGGGCAGACUUCCAGUAACCAUGACAACACUGCUAUGGGCAUAGAUGUGUUAUAUCAGGCCUGAAACAGAAACUUGCAGUGUCUUAUUCUCUAACACAACGGUUUCUUUUGAUUUAUUUAUUGAAUGUAAUACUUGACUGAACUUGAAAAUGAUCUAAAUAUUUAUGGUUGAGAUGAAAUGCAUUUAAUUAAUUUAUUUUAUUUAAUCAGAUUCAUUCAUUUGAUCUUGAGCUUUGUGCCUCAGAUUUAAAAAACAAAUAUAUAUAUUUUUUUAAAGCAAAGAGUUAUUUAUUUCCAUACAAAUGGACUCUGAAUGUAUUUUUCUAAUGAUGACAUGCUGUUGAUGGAUUUCAAGCACAGAAUUAAAUGCAUCUCAAAAUGCGUUAACAGUACAUCAGUGACUACAUGUUGGACACACUGUGAUGUUGUGGAUACAACAAUGAAUAAUAAAUGGUCUCAAAUAAUAUAGAAAUGUGUUGCUCCUGUGUUGUUUAUUUACUGAACAUACAGUACCAGUCAAAGUUUGGACAGACCUACUCAAUCUGGGGUUUUUCUUUAUUUUUUACUAUUAUUCUACAUUGUAAAAUAAUAGUAUAGACAUCAAAACCAUGAGAUAA